GCCAAGAUGGCGGCGCCCGGGCUCUGCCACGCAGACUUCCGCCCUGUGCGGAGAUCGCAGUUUGGUGGCGGGUCGCGUCGUAGGUGAAAUCGUGACGCGUGGUGUACAGCAGCAGUCCGGGCAACAUGUCGGAAGGAAACGCUGCGGGCGAGUCCAGCGCUCCCGGAGGGCCGCGACCCCUCCUCUCUGGGGCCCGGGGGCUUGUCGGGCGGCGACCUGCGCCCCCGCUCACGCCGGGCCGCCUUCCCUCCAUCCGCUCCAGGGACCUCACCCUCGGGGGAGUCAAGAAGAAAACCUUCACCCCAAAUAUCAUCAGUCGGAAGAUCAAGGAAGAGCCUAAGGAAGAAGUAGCCGUGAAGAAGGAGAAGCGUGAACGGGAUAGGGAUCGCCAACGUGAGGGGCAUGGACGGGGACGGGGCCGCCCAGAAGUGAUCCAGUCCCACUCUAUCUUUGAGCAGGGCCCUGCAGAAAUGAUGAAGAAAAAAGGGAGCUGGGAUAAGACGGUGGAUGUGUCUGACAUGGGACCCUCUCAUAUCAUCAACAUCAAGAAAGAGAAAAGGGAGACGGAUGAAGAAACCAAGCAGAUCCUGCGCAUGCUGGAGAAGGAUGAUUUCAUUGAUGACCCUGGGCUGAAAAACGAUAUGCGAAACAUGCCUGUGCAGCUGCCCCUGGCUCACUCGGGGUGGCUUUUCAAGGAAGAAAAUGAAGAGCCAGAUGUUAAGCCCUGUCUGGCUGGUCCCAAGGAGGAGGACAUGGAGGUGGAUGUACCUGCUGUGAAAGUAAAAGAGGAGCCACAAGAUGAGGAGGAGGAGACUAAGGUGAAGCCUCCUCUCAGAGCAGCCAGGAAGACUCCAGGCCUCUCAAAAGACGUGUCUGUAGCAGAGCUGCUCAGGGAGCUGAGCCUUACCAAGGAUGAGGAGCUGCUGUUCCUCCAGCUGCCAGACACACUCCCUGGCCAGCCGCCCACUCAGGAUAUCAAGCCUGUCAAGACGGAGGUGCAGGGCGAGGAUGGACAGAUGGUGGUCAUAAAACAGGAAAAAGACCGGGAAGCCAGGCUGGCAGAGAACACUUGUACCUUGGCUGACCUGACAGAGGGCCAGGUUGGCAAGCUACUCAUCCGCAAGUCAGGGAAGGUGCAGCUCCUCCUGGGCAAGGUGACUCUAGACGUGACAAUGGGAACCACCUGCUCUUUCUUGCAGGAACUGGUGUCUGUUGGCCUCGGAGACAGCAGGACAGGAGACAUGACAGUCCUGGGACAUGUGAAGCACAAACUUGUAUGUUCCCCCGAUUUUGAAUCCCUCUUGGAUCAUAAACACCGGUAAAAUGAGCAGAUGGAGGAGGAUAGUGACUGUGCCCACGGCUGCUGCCUGCUCCAGACGUUUUGUUCUCCAAUCUGGGCGACCCAGAACGGGCCCGUUUAGCCCACCCACUCCAGCCUUUGGCAGCCAUCCUAGUUUUCUCUCCACCAGGGCCUGCACAGCUCCUUCCCCCAGCAGCUGUGAAUGGCACAGUGACCUUCCCACAGCGUGAAAUCGGAUGGCACCUCUUGCUACUGGAGACUAGUCCCGCUAUUUAUUUUUAUAUUUAUGUCUUAAUCUACUCAACCAACUGCAUCCUCUUGAGGUGGAGUGGUCCAUGGGAAAAUGGAGGCUCCUCUUGGGGGCCUGUGGAGCUACAGGGACAAGAAGUGGAAUGGCUGCAGAUUGGGCUUCUGCUCCCUCCUUCCUCAUAGGAGACAGGUAGGAGAGAGCAGGGAUGGAGUCUGAGACUUUAGUGCUUAGUCCCAGCUUGUUGGUUCCAAGUUCUGUGUCCUUGGACAAACUACCUAACCUUUCUGAGCCUCAUAUUCCUCAUCUGAAAAAAAUGGGGAUAAUACCUACCUCACAGGGUUGGUGUGAGGAUCAUAUGGAAUAUUGUGGAUGAAAACUCCUUGCACAAGGCAGAUGUGUAUACCUGUAGGCACUCAAUAAAUCUUAGCUUCCCUUUC